UUGACGGACUGGUUCCCUUCAAUCUCGACCUCCGGGGCGCUGUGUGUACACGCACACGGAGUCUUUGCUGUCACUGUGGCAGUUAUUUUAAACGCACAUGCUGUUUGUCGACCCGGUGACUGAGCAUAUGCUGCCAUGAGUGCUUUUUGUCGCCUGAUCCAGAGAGGACUGCUGAGCGGCCGGCCGUCGUGUCGUUUAUUCCCCGGACAGCAGGAUUUGUGCGGGGUGGCUCCCAUAGUCCGGACAGCGAGCUCAUCCAGCCCAGUCAACUUGACCUAUGAUGUCUUUGAUGGGAAGGGAGAGAGCACUCCCCUGGUGUUUCUCCACGGCCUUUUUGGCAGUAAAUCUAACUUCCACUCGAUAGCGAAGUCCCUGGUGCAGCGCACAGGCCGAAAGGUGCUGACUGUAGAUGCCCGUAACCAUGGCAACAGCCCUCACAACCCGGUGCUGACCUAUGAAGCGAUGUCCGAUGACUUGAAACACCUCCUCACCCAGCUUCACAUCGAGAAAUGUGUCCUCAUCGGCCACAGCAUGGGCGGGAAAACGGCCAUGGUGACCGCCUUGAUGCAGCCUAGUUUAGUGGAGAGGUUGGUGGUAGUGGACAUCAGUCCUGCCCAAUCAUCCACUCGCACCAACUUCCGUUAUUACAUCCAGGCCAUGCAGGAGAUGAAGAUUUCCAGUGACAUCCCACGUUCGACAGCCAGACGGAUGGCUGAGGAUCAGCUGCGCGGUUUGGUCAAGGAGCGUUCAGUGCGUCAGUUCCUGCUGACUAACCUGGUGGAGCAGAAUGGCCACUAUGCCUGGAGGGUCAACUUGGAGGCCAUCUCAGCACACCUUGACAACAUCAUGAGCUUCCCCAGCUUUAACACUGUCUAUGAGGGACCCACACUGUUUUUGGGUGGAGCCAGCUCGGCUUAUAUCAGCUCCGAAGAUUACCCAGAAAUCCAGAGGCUGUUCCCUCAUGCUGACAUCCAGUAUAUUCCAGACGCGAGCCACUGGAUCCACGCAGAUAAGCCGUUAGAUUUCAUCAGCUCCAUCAUCUCCUUCCUUCAGUCCUAGCUGCCUCCUGCCCAGCGCUGCAGAACUCUUUUGAUGCUCAGCGACUCUGAGCGUCCCGUCACUGAGAAUGAAGGUUAGAAUUCAGCAGCUUCAGCGAGUGUAGUCAUUAAUGAUGCUAACAGAUGCCAACACUGGACCAAACUCACCCUUUUACGACGAUCACUUCUUACCCUCAAACAAACUUAGUGCAGUGAAGAUGAACUUCUCUUUUGUGUAAUUUAUCUGGCAAGCAGAUAGGGUUCCUCGAUUGGCUGGUUUCUAGUUGUGUUUUCAUUGAUUUUUUUUUUUUGAUUAGUAUCUAGAAAAUAGAAAGGAAAAUAUCUCCAGUGUAACAUAAUGGGGCUGUUUUGGAGGUGAUGUAUUAACCCAAAGAAACUCAUUUGCACAGUGCUCGCUUUCUUUAUGUUGAAACAUAUAUGCCAGUAUAACAGAAAAGUGGCUUUAAGUCAAGUACAGUCUAGGAUUGAUUAAGUGGACCAGCAGUUCAGUAGUGGGAUAUGAAAGUUUUGACAGCACUGGAAUGAAACAAAUGCUGUUAUUCAUGAGAAGGACUUCUUGGAGAAAAAUGAAGAAUGUGCAAAGCAAAAAUUGUUUGCAUUAGUGAGUUUGGUAUCGUGUGACAGGAGUUCGGAGCACUGCAAAAAGGCUGUAAUACAGACCUUAUGUGUACAGAUAGUUUGUUGUGGAAACUUAUUUUAAUGUUAAUAAUAGUGAUAUAUUCAAUGUUUUGGUCUGGAAUUUUGUUUCUCAUAUCCUCUCCCUCUGUGUGUCUGCUGUAUGUCAGAGAUGAGGAUUUACACGUUGGUUACUUUGUCACAAUUCCAGGUCAUCAUAAGCGCUGGUUAUAUUUUUAUGCCAACAUAACCCUCUAUGAAAACCAAGCUGAAACCCUCAAAAUGCAGUAUUCCCAAUCUGUUUCCUGAACAUCUCAGGUUACAACUGGAUAUGCUAAUUAUCGUACACUCAUACUAUUCUCGUGUCUGUCUGGCGAUAAGCCGCGGUAAUGUUGUUGUGUAUUUGUAUUUGGUCAGUCUGAUCAGUGUUCUGAUGAAACACGUUUUACAGAUUUAUUAUCCGUAUCUCACUUAUCUUUAUGACUAAGGUGCAAGGCUAUAUGAGUGUCUCACAGAUAUAUGCUGCAACAAUGUAUGUUGUUAUCUAACCGUGACAGUGUUAAUAUCAUUUCUGUUUCAAUGGGUUUGAACAGUACAGUCCACUGUAGUGAAACUGCCAUCUGUAUGAAUAAGCAGGGUGUUGUAAAUUUGUAUGUGCCUCUUUUCUCGAGAGCUCUUUUUCCAUUUCUGUAAAAACUUGAUAAAAAGAAAAAAAUCUACAAUAAUAACUGACAGAUUUUAGAUUGGCAGCUGGGUUGCCAGGUCUGCGUGACUUUUUUUUUUGUUUUGUUUUGUCUUCUUUCCCACAAAGAAUCUAAACAGGUGAGGGAGUAUCCCUUCGUGGCACUAGAUGUUUACUACAAUCACUGUUUUGUGUUUGUUUGAUGUGAAUGCAGAAGUCUGAAAGGCUUGAUACACCAGACCUAAGUUGAGUGAAACUCUCCUUAUUUUUUCUUCUUUAUGUAAAGCUCCAGUUAGUAGAGAAGCCCCCCCCGUCCUGCUCAGCCAAAGGGCAGAUUUGUCUCGUCACAUAAUAUGAAUAGAUUGUUGACAUUUGAAUGAGGGCCCUGCUUGAGCUUCUGUAGGAUUGCAGUGGGACAAGAACGUGUUGAGGAGGAACUCGAUGUCACCAGUAUGGAAAAGUGAAUUUAUUCAUUCACACUGAAAAAGCUGAAAAUCAUCUUUUCAGGAUUGUAUAUGGUUUUACAAUGAGCAUGCCUUUUCUCUUGUCAUCAGGUGUAACUUUGCUGUGCUAUAUGCGUCUCAGUUUGUUGAACAUGUUGCCACAAUGGUGGUACUCAUUCUAGAUAAUGCCGUAUAUAAAUUUUAAAUGUUUGGAGAUGCAUAUAGGAGUGGAUUAUAUAUUAUUGAAAAUGUACAAACUAAUAUUAUUCAAUAAAAUAGCAAAAAUCUGCAACA